UAGCCAAGGAAGAGCAGACUGAUACCCAGAGCAGCACUGUCUUCAGAAGGGUUGGCCACAGGGAGAAGGUCCUUGGGAAGGCAUCCAGGAUGAAUGAGGGUCGGGCUAUAAGUGAAAUGCAGCCGAAUACAGGUAGAAGGAAACGUACUGACAUAUGGAUAAAUUUCACAUUUGAUGCAAGAAGAAACAAGACUCGUUGCAAACUGUGUAGCCUGACACUGAUGGGUAAAAACACCACAAACUUGAAACGCCAUUUGCAGAUUUUCCACCCUGAAAUUCAUGCCAAGUUAAAGAAGAGCCCCUUUGACAGGAGAGGACCGCAGAAUGAAAAAAGCUACUGCAUCCCAGCAGAAUAUUUCACCAGCUCUCCUAAGAAAACAAGGAAAACAUCAAUGCUUCUAAAAAAGCAGAAAGUAUUGAAAACAAAUGCUCGCUGCCUGGUAUACUCAGAAGCUAAGAGACUCAAAAAGCAAUACACAAUUUCUCACCACAGUGAAUCUGAAGGUUUUCUGUUGGACUCUGACAAUGCUGAGUCUCCACCAGGCUCCCCUCAGGGCCGGAGUAAGAGGCACAGCCGGCGCAGUCGGCGCGCCUGCUGGAAAUGUGACGCCUGUCUGCGCACGACGGACUGCGGCAAAUGCGACUUUUGCAUGGACAAGCCCAAGUUCGGGGGCAGCAAUAAGAAGAGGCAGAAAUGCCGCCUGCGGCAGUGCCAGAGCCAAGCCAUGCGCCACCUGCUGCCCCUCCAGCUUGUCCAGUCUAAACGCAGGGGCUGGAUGGGUCGCCGCAGGAAGAGGGCAGGACGCUCCAGGAGCAAACUGAGGAAAACCUGGGAGGACUUUGGGGUGACUGACAACGACGGCAGUGAUGAAGACUCCGUGGGAGGCCGGGCACCCAGCAUGGAAGAUGAGCAGAUAAAUGACAAUGGAGUGCAGUCUUUUGGCAGCUAUGCUUCCCAGAUGGCCGGAGCGAUGUUUGCGCCGAGCUUCGUUCCCGGCUUCGGCCGACUCGACACGGAGGCACUCUACAUCAGCAGCUACCCUCUCCCCGUCCAGGUGCCUGACCCGCUGCUACUCCCUCGCCAGGCUUGUUACCAGGGUAACAGUGGAAUGCUGGAAAUGAUGAAGAUGACUGACUUUGCUUCCAGGACACUGGAUGCUGAGCAACCCCUUCCUCCUCCAGGCUCAGAGGCGGUCUUUAACCCGGCGGCGCUCAUGCCGGAUGCAGCUACUGGAGCUCAGGGGCUGGCGGUGGGUGACGACGUGAGGAUCGUGGAGGUGGACACCGGGGAGGCGGAGGUCACGCCUGUGAUCACCGAGAUUUUCAGCCUGGCUGAGAGCAGCCCGCUGGAUGGUGGCGUGGACCAGGAGCUGCUGAGGCUGCUGGAGGCGCUGCGGCGCGCCGUGCUGCCGGCCCACUGGGUUGGCGUCAUGGUGACAGGCCCGCGGCUGCAGCUGCUGCAGUGCUCCAAGCUGUCCACCAUGGCCGACACCGUGCUGCACAUCGAGCCCGACUUCUCCUACCACAUCAGUGUGCAGGAGCUGCCGCUGCUCCUCACGCACCGGCUGUAUGAGGCCCACCCUUCCCGCCUGGCCUCCACGACGGAGGUGACCUCUCUGCUCCUGGACCUGGAGAGCUACUCAGUGUGUCAGGGAUACCCCGCCUUCGAGAUUCCCCACCGGGAGCCGGUCCUGCACAUGCGGGCGGCCGCCUGUGAGCUGCUGGUGCUACAGUCAGAGGAGCGCUGUGACAAGUGUGACGUCACCUCUCUGGUUCUGUGAGGGAUUGGGGGUGGGGGGGGGUCAUCAGGGAUGUUGCCUCCCUUAGCCUCUCUCAGGGCCUAAAGAGAGUAGGGUUACCUCCAUGUCGCAAUGAGCCAGUGUUCAUUUUAAUUUUUUUUUUCUUUUCCACAUGGUAGCCCUGCAGGAGAUUUCUGGAGGUCUCUGUGUCACCUACUGUUACUACAGUUGUGUUUCUGUGGUGCUGUAUAUAAACAGGACAUUGUCUGGGGCCAUGAAUAGAGAGGUGAUUUUUAAACCAGAUGGAAAUGCUGCUUGAUGUUGGGCUGCUUACUCUGUCAUAAUUCUUACUACACAUUAAUGUUGUGUGGGGUGGGCUUGGGGGCCUUGUAAAGAUUAAGCUAACUACCUCUCUGUAGUUUCCUUCAUUAUUUUUCUGUCUUAUUAUGAUACCACAAUACAUACAAUGUGCUCCUCCUUCCACCUAAUUUAUUCAACUUUGUGCAUCUUUUUAUUUCUUCAGAGCAGUGAAGGUCAGGAAAUUGUUUUAAAAUGCCACAAAAAAUCUAUAUGCAAAUUUGGAUGCAGGCUUGCUUGGUUUCCGAUUUAAGUAUGUAACAAGCUGUACCUUAUAUUCGAUAUUAGGGUAGGAGAUCCUUUUCUGUUGUGUAGCAUUUAUAGCAGCAGUAACUCAGAAGUAUUAAAAUACAUUCCUUGUUUUUUACCUAAUUUUUCAAACAUAAAAUAAGGUGGGCAAUCUGUCUGUUAAUUUCCUUCCCCCUUACAUGCUGCUUGUUGAUUCUGAGCUUCCAAAUCUUUCAGUUUUGGUUUGGAAAUUUCACAGCAUAGAGACUAGCUCUAGGAAUACUGGACCAGCACUGACUUUUAAAGCAUCCAGCUGAGAGGUCAGUAUUCCAAGCAGCUAAUCUGCUCCAGGAUUUUGCAGUGAACCAGAGGGGUUGUUGUACUCCUGUUCUUGAGCAUUGGUUAUUGUAGACUUGUCAAAGCUAAAAAAAAAAAAUCAAAUGUCCAGUUGAUUCUUUACAGUAUCAUACUUUUUAUAGGAGCAAAUUUUGGUUAUUCUGAAGAGUUUACAUUGGGGAAAAGAUCGUAUGGAUAACUGCUAUUUUGUGCUGAAACUCUUGCCUGAAAUGGCUCUACAACACAAAUACUAAAAUAUCCUAAAUUUUCAAAAAUUAAUUAAUUGAAUCUGGCUGUCAUGGAAUCAUGGAAUCCAAUAUGUUCAACAUUUCUUGCGUGUGAUUCAUGAGUUCGGUACCUUAGACUUCCAGAGGCUUUUUUACCUCAAAGCAAAUAGAACUUUUAAAAAUGCUGUGCAUAGUAAUUUUCUUGUAAAUACCAAUGAACAUGAUUCUAUUUAAAAAGUUUAAGUUAAAUUGAUACACUGGAUAAUUGUUUCUGGUGUUCUGUUGCGAGGAUGCCAUCACAUCGGAAAGCGCCAAAUGUCACUCUUUCUGCCUUUGUCCUUUGUUACCAGAUUACUGUUUCCACCUUUUGCAUUAAAUAUUAUCUUUACUUUG